UGGUGGGAUGAAUACCCAGGAAAACAAUAAAAAACUCUAAAUGUAUUUCAGCAUUAGGACAAAAGUUGCCUGUGCAACAUCCAGCAGGCUGAGACUACACUGUACUUAAGUGGGUUUGAAAUCUCAGGAAAGAUGCAGUUUUGCUGUGAAUCUGUAAAUGGCUCCUGCAUAAAAAGCAACUGGUCAAGCAAUAUCCGCAUUUCCAUGUAUAUCUUGAUGGUGUGCAUCAUCCUGGUCACGUUGGCGGGAAAUCUGACGGUUAUCAUCUCAAUAGCGCACUUCAAGCAGCUCCAUACGCCUACAAAUUUCUUGAUCCUUUCCAUGUCCACUGUUGACUUUUUGUUGGGGUGCUUCAUCAUGCCUUACAGCAUGGUGAGGUCUGUGGAGAACUGCUGGUACUUUGGAGAACUCUUCUGCAAAAUCCACACUAGCACGGACAUUAUGCUCAGCACCGCCUCCAUUUUCCAUCUUUCCUUCAUUUCUGUUGAUCGCUACUGUGCUGUGUGUGACCCACUGAGAUACAAAUCUAAGAUAAAUACUUGCAUCAUAGUGGUCAUGAUCGUCAUAAGUUGGACCGUCCCUGCCAUUUUUGCCUUUGGGAUGAUCUUUCUGGAGCUAAACUUAAAAGGAGCAGAAGAGAUUUUCUAUAAUCAUAUCCACUGUGUUGGCGGCUGCUUUGUCUUCUUUAGUGAAACUUCAGGUGUGGUGGCCUCCAUGAUUUCCUUCUACAUCCCUGCAUUUGUUAUGUUGUGCAUCUAUGGGAAAAUAUAUGCUAUAGCCAACAGGCAGGCAAGAUCCAUGAAAGAUGCAGCUAGCCAAACACAAAUCAGAUUUGAGAUGAAGCACCACAUUUCACCAAGUAGAGAAAGGAAAGCUGCAAAGACAUUAAGCAUAGUCAUGGGUGUUUUUCUCAUAUGCUGGUCUCCGUUUUUCUUCUGUACUGCCACUGACCCCUUUAUGAAUUACUCAACACCACCUAUUCUUAUUGAUGCAUUGGUGUGGUUUGGUUACCUGAAUUCUACAUUUAACCCAUUAGUAUAUGCAUUUUUUUACAUGUGGUUUCGCAGAGCACUAAAACUGAUUCUGUUUGGUAAAGUUUUCCAAGAGGACUCUUCCAGGACUCAAUUAUUUUUAGAAUAACAUACUUAGAAUUUUUGGACUCACUACAUUUAGCAAUUGGCUGGAGAUUGUGCUUUCAAAAAUAGCAGCUAAAAGAGAAGAAAAUCAAGAGCUGUUUGUGAAGACUGGUUCAGGUAGCAAACUGUGGUACCUUGAACUUCGUCUCAGUACAGACUGGAACUUGCCCCAAAUUAGGCUUAGCGCUUUGGUUAUUAUGAACAAUGAUUUAUUUAGCACUUACAAUGUGCUGAGCUCUUUACAAUACACACAAGCAAAGAGGAAGCUUGCAAUUUAAAAGAACAUUCAAUCACUUUGUGCAGAGAAAUCAUGUAAUUCUGAUAUACUAAGCACUGGGUUUUUUGGAAGGCCUGUCUCACAUUUUUAUAAAGCAAGCGCUCAACAGAUUUUGUUGCUGAACUGAGGUUUGUGUGAAUCUGCUGCCCUGUAAGCAGAGCAACAAAGGGCUUUCCUUUUGGAUUUCCACCGAAGACCCAAAGAUGAAAGGCUAUAGCUUUUAUCAUAAAGCUAUUCUCCUUUCAGUGUGUGUGUAUAUAUAUAUAUAUUUCUUAAGUGAUAAUUUUAAGAUCCUAAUGUUAAAUAAUACCAAAACAGUACCAAAUGUAAGUAAACUUUAGCAAACAGAACUCAGAAGCAACAUUGAACGUCUAGUGGCUAGAAUCUGAAAAUCAUUGCAAAUUUUAUUACCAGUAUCCUCUACUGGUUGCAAGCAGAUGAUACUAUUCUGUUACAUAAAAUGAACAAUGUAAAAGGUGUAGAGACUACAUGUUUUAGCUAAGAGGCAUUGUUAUUUUAACAAAUGGCAACAAAAAAAAUUUUAAGACACUUUUUGUCGACUUUUAAAAUAUGACACUGCUAUGCUAAAAUGAAUAUCAUGCUACCAAACUGAAACAGAAAUAAUAUCUCAGGCCUGAUCUUGCAACACUACAAGGAGUAAUACUUACUACUGGGCACAGUCAUUACUGAGCAGUCAGUGCACCUAGACUCUAUAGUAAGAGCUAUACGCAGUAGUAAAUGAUUACAGUAUCAAGUCCUGUGCUCAUAUGGAUAGGAAAAGUAUGUGCCAUUUGUUGCAUCUUGUCUCUUACUCUAUGUUUUGUACAACACCUAAGAUAAGGAGAAUGCAAGUUGCCUAUUAUUGUUUCAUUGGGAAAUUAAAAUGAUGCUACCUUUCACCAGACCAAACUAUCAAUACUCCCUGUUGUCUCUUUUAUUCUAUUAUUGUUACGCUGACAUUUUGUAAAUCUGUAUCCCCCAAAACUAACUAAAAUAAACAAUUCUGGAUUAUACUGCAGCUGGCCAAAUGUGUUAGUGAAGGUUUUUAUCUCCAAUGAUAGUAUGAAUAUUUCAUUGUUUUACAUGCAUUUAUAAAUUAUUAAGAAAGUAACUAAUAACAGAUAAAUUAACUGAUAAUUAAAGAGUAAAAAAUCAACCCCCUUUUCUUCUUUACUCUAUAGAGGAAACAACCCCCCCCCCUUUUCUUUUCUUUUCUUUUCUUUUCUUUUCUUUUCUUUUCUUUUCUUUUCUUUUUUGGUGCAGCUUACUUCCUUCUCCCUGAUGGCUCAGAUAAGAUGGCUGGCACACUGGAGAGAGAGAGAGAGAGGGUAGGUCCUCCUUACUCUUGCCCACCCACUUCUUACUCACCUGCACAGUAUGGAUUGUAGGGAGCCCACAGUGAAUGUCCCUCCUCCCCCCGAGUUGCUAUCUGAGAUAUAGGUAGCCAGUGCAGGGAAGAAAGGGGCCUCAUUAUGUCACGAUACUUCUCUGCAUAAGUGUACAGCAAGGGUCAUGAUCUGGCCCUUGGGGAAAAAAAUGGAAAAAUUAUGAAGCAUUGUUCUUCAAUGGAAUCUUUUACAAAAUAUAGAGGGUUGAGGAUGGUCUUCUGGUAACAGUUCCCUGAAAAACAUCAUCUACAGCCAAUCACCAAGCAAUGAAAUCAUCUGCUCUGAACUAGACCAUAAGGCCACCACUAUUUUAGCAUCCUUCAAAUCCUUCCUCAAGACCAACUUCUACCAUGAAGCCCACAGGAAACUCAACCAACAAAGGCUAGGGAUGUAACCAGGAGAGACUUCUGAUAUUUAUUUGGUUUAUAUGUUAAGUAGCUUAUAAUUGCUUCAGGAAAUUAUCUAUUACACAGAAAUGUGAAUAUUGAGAUUGAUGAGUGGUGUAAGCAAGCAGGAAUGUGUGUGUAUGUUAGAGCCAUGUUCUAAGUAACACCAUAAAUGAACAAAUGAGCGAUUGCAGGCUUAGAUGAUUUGGUCACUGUGGCAUGACACUCCAUAUUCUUCAUAGAAAUAUUGUUAUGAUAUGAAUAUGGCCUAAGAUAUAUUUUUAUACAAGAUGGGUCUUGUAAGAUAUCAUUGGAAAGGUUAUAAUUUACUAAACGUGAUUGUCCAAUCUGCAUGCAUGUAUCAUUUCUGUAUCUGACGUUAGGAAUAUUGACUAUGUAACAAUUACAACUGUGUGUGUACUUAGGAGAACGCUCAUCAGACAAUAAGCAAUCAUCCUGAAAAUACCUGAGGAGACAAAGGAACUAACCUGAAGGGAAAGGCGGGGUGAUUCCAGAUUGAGACAGGGGUCCAGUGUGUAAGAAGAGAUAACUGGAACUCUAAGCUACAGAAACUCUGCAACUUGAAACCAGUCUCUUUAAGAUCUUAAGUUUAGUAUGCCUGUUUUGUUUUAUUUGCUUAGUAAUCUGCUUUGUUCUGUUUGCUAUCCCUUAUAAUCACUUAAGAUUUACCUUUAAUAGUUAAUAAACUUAUUUCUUGUUU